CCUCCUCGUCGCCCCGACGCCGCCUCUCCCUGCAGGCUGCAGUCCCAUUUUCCCUGUUUCCUUCCUUCCCCGCCGCCUAGACUCCGCCCAAAACCCCCAAAAUCGCGCGGAGCGAAUAAAUCUUUUUCGAAAACGAAGCCCCAAAGCCCAACCAUCUCGCCGCCGCCACCAAUGGGGAAGCGGCCGCCGGUGGUCGUCCUCUCAUCUUCCUCCGGCGAAGAUGACGGCGGGGGGCGCCGCGGCCCUUCGGCGCGUAGGUCGAGGACGCCUGCGUCGGCGCCGGCGCGGGCGCAGUCUCAGGCAGCGAGCGGCUCCAGGAAAAAGCCGCGCCGCGAGAGCAGCGCGGGGAGAGGCCGCCGCCGCUGCUCCGAACCCGCGGCUUCGGACUCCUUGAAGGCUGAAUUUGAUAUGCUCUCUGAGGAUUUUUCAGAAUGUUUUGAUGACUUGGUCAUGUCAGGCAGGAUCCAAACGGAAAGCAAAAGAGCUUUGGGUUGACAAGUACGCGCCCCGCUCGUUAGCAGAGCUUGCUGUUCAUAAAAAGAAGGUUGAAGAUGUAAAGAAAUGGUUGGAAGAAAAGCUGAUGGCGCCAAAGAGGAUUAGAGAUACUAAUAGUGCAAAGGCAAAUUUGCAGCAAACAGUUGGAGGAUGGACUCUUGUCCUAACUGGGCAAACUGGUGUUGGAAAAUCAGCAACUGUGAAAGCGAUUGCUGCUGACCUUGGAGCGGAAUUAUGUGAGUGGACAACUCCAGUACCAACGCUGUGGGCUGAACAUCUUCAUGCUAAUUCAGGAUUACGCUAUAUAUCCAAGCUGGAAGAAUUUGAAAACUUUGUGGAGAAAAUAAGAAAAUAUGCAAUGCUUUGUCCAAUGAGCAUCACUUCCAAAAGAAAGCUGAUUAUUAAUCUGAUUGAUGACAUCCCUGUAACAAGUGGACAUGCUGCUUUUGCAAGACUAGGAAAAUGCUUAACUGGUUUGAUUCAAAGUACCCAAGUACCAACUGUCAUUUCACUUACUCACUAUCACAACAGUGAGAGUAAUGAUACUGCGACGUGGAACUCUGAGGACCUUGACUCCUUACUUCAAGGUUCUGGUGCUCAUAAGAUUGCUUUCAAUCCGGUAACCACAAAUUCUAUCAAGAAAAUUCUUAUUCGAAUAUGCAAAGAAGAAAGAUAUGAUGCACCUGAAGAACUACUGCAUCAAAUAGCAACAUCCAGUGGAGGUGACAUCAGACAUGCAAUAAUGUCUCUUCAAUAUUAUUGCCUUGAUCCUAGAAGGCAUAGUUCUGCACUGGCAACAAGUGCUACUUGUGCUGGUUCAAAGAGUCGUAAUUCUCUGGUUCCACGGCAGGAGAGCUAUGGCCUCAGCAGUGUACUACCCUCUCCAUGUGGAAGAGAUGAGACUCUUACACUAUUUCAUGCCUUGGGGAAAUUUUUGCACAAUAAGAGGGAAACUAAUUGUGAAGUUAAUAUUGACCUGGAUCCGUUCCCUCUUCAAGAAAAACUGAGAAGAAAUUCACUCAAAAUGGAUGUUCCUGAAAAGAUUCUUUCACAAGCACACGGAAAAGUACGGACAGUCGCAGAUUUCUUACAUGAAAAUGUUCUUGAUUUCAUUGAUGAUGAAGCUGUAGAUGAUGCAUGGGUUGUGUUAUCAUAUUUGAGUGAUGCAGACUGUCUUCUUACUGGUAGUCCAUUCACAUCAUACAACUCAGAAAAUAUGGCACAACUCAUUGCCGCAUCUGUUGCAGCACGAGGGGUUCUUUUCGGAAAUGCUCAUGUGGCUCCCUCACGGUGGCAUACUAUCCGGAGCCCGAAGCUUUGGCAAACUGAGCAGUCAUUUCGAUCUAAUAAGAACCAGAUUUUAAAGGAAAGAUUUGAUUGUUCAAGUUCCUGUGGUUCCUGCAACUUCUCUGACAUAGUCAGAGAAUUCAGACCGUUGGAGAGAUGGAUUGGUCCUCGCAGCGAUGGAUUGCCUCAUGGCAGUAGCUCGCUCUUGGUUGAUAAACUCGAUGCUGAUGGAAGUCAGGAUGAAGAAGAUGACGACGUGAUAGAAGAAUGCUAAAAGUUAGAUCAUGCAUCCUUACUGCAUUAUCCUAAAGCACCAAAUUUUUCAGUGACCUCACAUCCUGAAGCGCAUGUUCAAUCGAGCAAGUUACCUUUUUAUUUUGGUUGAUCACUGAUGCGGCUGUUGAACUGGAGCUGGCAAUGCAGUAGGAUCGUUCUCACCAAAUGUUAGGCAGGUGUCAAUGAAUGUUCAUUUUGGCGAGCUGAUUUAUCCUGUUCAUAUGUACCAUGAUGACUCACCCUACAGAAUCAUUUAUGAUCUGACAUGUAAAUCAUCUGAGCGGGUCUCUUCCACAUCA